UCUCUGUGAGUGAAAUAUUCGACUCGUGGAAGCUCUGGCAUUAGGAUACGCGUUAGUGAGUGAAGAUCUUACAAUGAAUCGAACGAAAAUAAAUACCAAAGUUGUGUAUCUUGGCACUGCAGUUCUCGUGCUUCGUCUUAUACCGUUUACUAGCGGUUUAAGGGAUCGUUUUGCGGUUGACAUCGACGAGUCGUGCGAUGAAGUAAGCGACGGGAGCCGCUUUCAUUCCGAUAGGCGAGUAGAUCGUUUGGAUCAAGAUCAGGAACAAAGGCUAUUGUUUUUCAACCGCGAAGUUGUCAACGCUCAACGUGACCUGGAACGUGGCGACAAACCUCAGUUGGAUGAUAUUCGCGAACGAAGAAAUGAACGUCGUGUAGCUGGUGAUGAACUAGAUGAACGACGCAGCGAAGGUCGUCAAGUACGGCUAGGUCGUGAACGGGACCGUGAGAUCGAUGUACGUGAUCGUGAAAUUAUCGAAGAGCGGUAUGGCAGCCGCAACGAUGAAAGGCGAUAUCGCAACGAAGCUCGAGAAGACCGUUUAGGUUCCAGAAAUGAUGAUGAUAGAGUACGAGAGGAACGGCGUAACGAGAGAGAUCAAGAGCGACGGGAAACUCAGAGAGUUGAUGGUCGUCGUGAGAGACGUGAACGUGAGGACCGUGCUAUGAUCCGAGAAGAAAGAGCUGAUCGUAGAGAACAGCGUCAAGAACGCGAAGAACAGCAAUAUCGAGAAAAUCGUCACGAAAGUCGAGAAGACCGUCUAGAACGAGAAGAUCGUCGUGAACGAGAGGACUACCGUGAACGAGAAGAUCACCGCGAUCGGUCCAUUCUGGAAGACCGUCAACGAGAGGAGAGAUCAGACCGCAUUGACAGUGUGAGGAGAGUUGCUUCUGAUGACGAUCGCCGUGAAAGACAAACGCUUGAACGAGAAGAGAAGACUUCCACUGAUAGAUCUGAAAAUGACCGCCAUACGAGACGUGUCGAACAUUUCGAGGAUGACAGACAAGACAGUCGUUCGAGAAGCCGCCGGGAGCGUGAGGAUCGAAAUGACCGGCGUGAACGAGACAUGGGUGAUCAAAGCUUCCAACCUGAAGAUCUACUUUCUAAUGAAAACUUUAAUUCAUCCUUCAUCUGGAGUGUGGUUCAAGCGGCGUUGAUCAUGUACAUCGGAUUUCAACUGAUGAAGAAAAGUGAACAGCAAGGCACCUGGAAACCACUUAAAUUGGCCAACCUCGUUAAGUUCCAUGAUUCUGCUACCGUUGCUCAUUAAACUACUUUGUUUCUUGACAAAGGCUACAAUUUUUGAACAUAAAUAUCUGAAUACGUCUAAUGAACACUUAUUCCAAAAACAAUAUUCCUUUAUUGGCCAAUACAGAGUGUGUAUAAAUGUGUAGCUCUAUGUAGAUGACAUGUAGAUGAUCAACUUGAAUUUGAAGACAAUAUUUACUCUCACUCAUUAUUAACGUAUUUCGUGUCAUUUGCUUUUGUUCGGGCUAACUUUCUCGCGAUCCUCCUCGCCGCCGGCAACAUUUUCUGUAAAGCAAAUAUGAUCGAGUAUUGAGCUUCAGUAGUCGAUUUCAAAAAUUUUAUACUAUGACUUAUUUGUACAUAAUACCAUUUCAUCAUCACAAUGAACGGGAAUGUCAAGAAAAUGCGUGUGAUAAUGUUAAAAGUUAAGAGGCCGAGCUUCGCCAACGACGACUUGAUGAGAGAAGAUGUCUUACGUGUCUCCUGCUUUCAAAUGGAACAACAAUCAGUGUUAUCAUAGGCUAUUCAACGGCUGUUUGUUUACCAUCAUCCGGAAGAACAAAAAGUAAUAUUUUCGAUGUAAAUCGACUUACACUGCUGUUGACAACAACGAAGCACAGGAAUUAAUUAGGCGAAUUCGUGUAACGAAUAAGGAGGGAGUCUGAUUAUCAUUAUCAUUAUUCUCUCUAUUGUUAUUACUUGUAGGAAGUAUAUCAUACGCGUAAAAAGUAAUAUCCACUGCUCACAUUAUGCAUUGUGAGAGCUUCUCAAUACAGUAUAGCACAUGUGUAUGUAUAUUACCUGCAGAAAUAAAUCUCAUAUUAUUGAAAAUGUAGUCAA